CUGCUGCUGUGUUUGGGAGUUGGCAACACCUGUUGCUCGUCAAUCCAUGGCAACAGAACGGAUCUGUUCUCACUCCUAGACUUCAAGGACGGCAUCACGAACGAUCCAUAUGGAACCUUGAGCAAUUGGACCUCCAACAUCCACUUCUGUCAUUGGCAUGGUGUGAAUUGCAGUUCCAGGCGACCAUAUCGCGUCACGGGGCUCAAACUCACCGGCCAAAUCUUAGUAGGCAAAAUCAGCUCCUCUCUUGGAAACCUGACCUUCCUAACAACACUUGAUCUAUCCGAUAAUAGCUUCCAUGGCCACGUACCUCUUCUUAACAAGCUCCAAAACCUGGACACAAUAUCUCUGUGGGGGCAACCUUUUAGAGGGUGUUAUUCCCGAUGGGCUUACAAACUGUUCCAACUUAGUCGAACUAGAUCUCUCUAAAAACAAUCUCACAGGUGCGAUUCCUCCUAAAAUUUGUUUCCUUACCAAGCUAAAAGAUAUCCUCCUUUACAAUAAUCAUCUCACUGGGGUCAUACCUCCAGCCUUGGGCAAAAUUACCACAUUAGAAGCAGUUGAUCUUUCAGAAAACCAACUCAAUGGAAGCAUUCCUGACAAGGUUUGGGAAAUGCCAAACAUAAAACAGUUGUUCCUUUAUGAAAAUAACUUAUCAGGUGGAAUCCCCCGGACUCUAUCUUACUUAUCUUCUCUUGUGGUGUUAUCCUUGGUGUCUAACAUUCUAGGUGGUACAUUGCCAUCAAACAUAGGAUAUGCCCUCCCUAAUCUCCAAUCACUUUAUUUGGGAAACAACACGUUUAAGGGUCAUAUUCCAACUUCCCUAGGCAAUAUUUCAGGUCUACAAUAUUUGGAUCUAUCGUUUAAUUAUUUCAGAGGACAAAUCCCACGCUCUUUCGGAUAUCUUUCACAAUUGAGAGUCGUAAACCUUGGCACCAACUUGCUUGAAGCUAGGGAUAGUGAAGGGUGGGAAUUCCUUGAUGCCCUGGCAAACUGUAUUUAUCUACAAACGCUUUCGCUGGCUGAAAAUGAGCUACACGGAUCUAUACCCUAUUCAGUUGGUAAUCUUCCGAUCACUCUUCAAUAUCUAUUCAUUGGUGGGAACAACCUAUCAGGAAUAGUUCCCCCAAGUAUUGGGAAACUUACUGGCUUAGUUCAACUAUCACUAGACCAAAACUAUCUAGCUGGCACAAUUGAAGGAUGGAUAAGAAAUAUGAAAAAUCUAGAACAUUUAAAUCUUGAAUCGAACAGCUUUACAGGAACAAUUCCACCUUCCAUUGGCCAUUUGACACGUUUAAUAUUUCUCUCUCUUGCUAAAAAUCAAUUCACAGGUUUUAUACCACCUAGGGCCUUGUUCGGCAGCUUGGGAUCCAAUCCAGAAGAUUAUUCAAUCCAGGCCAGGAAUUAG